AAUCCUUUGAAGGAGGGCUUAAACCUUCCAUCACCAUAUGCUACAGUAAAUUGUCUUCCACUCUGAAUCCUGCAUGUGCGCGGCGCGGUCGGCAAAAAUCGGCGGCGGCCUUAUUGAAGAAAGGGAGAGGUACCUUGAAGUAACCAUAUUAGCUUUUGCGACUUAUCAAAGAAGUACUCAUACACAGAAAGAUACUUACAUCGUCACGGUGAUCCAACCCUAUCCAUCUGUUGGCAAGAUUCUCCAAUGCGCUUUUGCGCGCAGAAAAAAGAGUGAGUAACGUUUCCCGGUGAAAGAAAUGUUUGUUGAAUUGUUCAUGGACG